GGGCGAAAGGUCGCGGUGGGAGGCUCGGAGAGGCCGGUGGUUUCCCUUCCCCCCUCCCCCGUUUCCGGGAGCUCCUGCGUCCACAGGAAGGGAGAUGGAGCGGGAGUGAAACCGCCGCGGGACCUCCCGACCCCUCCCUCCCCCCUUUCCCCACAGCGGAGAAGCCUCGGCCUGGGGGAGGCCGGCAAGCCACGUAUUUCUUACCCUGUCUAAGGCUCGCUUAGCAGUUGAUGCAGAAAAUAAAGAGGGCUCGGCUGGAAAACGAAAGCGCAGGAAGUUGGAGAAGCUCCUUGACCAGUUCUGGGGGAAGGCUGAAGAUGACGGCGGUUGAUGCUCUCGCAGAUAGCACCGAAGCGGUAGAGAUGGAAGACGCGGCCACGUCCCAGUUCCAGGUGGAGAAGCACUCGUGGGAGGGGUUGCGUGACAUCAUUCACGGCAGCCGGAAGUAUACGGGGAUGAUUGUGAAUAAGGCACCCCAUGACUUCCAGUUUGUCCGUAAAACGGAAGAGUCGAGCCCUCACUCCCACCGGCUAUAUUACCUAGGAAUGCCGUACGGAAGCAGGGAGAAUUCUCUCCUGUACUCAGAGAUUCCCAAAAAGGUACGGAAAGAAGCCCUACUGCUCUUGUCAUGGAAACAAAUGCUGGAUCAUUUCCAGGCGACUCCGCACCACGGGAUGUAUUCCAGGGAAGAAGAGCUGCUAAGGGAACGCAAGCGCCUGGGUGUUUUCGGGAUCACCUCCUACGACUUCCACCGGGAGAGCGGCCUCUUUCUCUUCCAGGCCAGCAACAGCCUCUUCUAUUGUCGGGACGGAGGGAAAAAUGGGUUUAUGGUCUCUCCCAUGAAGCCGCUGGAAAUCCAGACGCAGUGCUCGGGGCCCAGGAUGGAUCCCAAAAUCUGCUCAGCCGACCCUUCCUUCUUCUCCUUCAUCAACAACAACGACCUGUGGGUGGCGAACAUUGAGACGGGGGAAGAGCGGCGCCUGACCUACUGCCAGAAAGGUUUAUCCAGUGUGCUAGAUGACCCCAAGUCAGCCGGUGUGGCCACCUUUGUCAUUCAAGAAGAGUUUGAUCGGUUUACAGGGUACUGGUGGUGUCCCACUUCUUGCCAAGAUGGACCUGAAGGCUGGAAGACAUUGCGAAUUCUGUAUGAGGAAGUGGAUGAAUCAGAGGUGGAGGUGAUUCACGUCCCUUCUCCAGCCCUGGAGGAACGGAAAACCGAUACAUACCGGUAUCCCAGGACAGGCAGCAAAAACCCCAAGAUCUCACUGAAGCUGGCGGAGUUUCAAACUGACAGCCAAGGGAAGAUUGUGCAUGCCUGGGACAAGGAACUGGUGCACCCCUUUGCUACAAUGUUCCCCAACGUGGAGUACAUUGCACGGGCUGGUUGGACCCGAGAUGGCAGAUACGCUUGGGCCAUGUUCCUAGACAGACCUCAGCAGCAACUCCAACUCAUUCUUUUCCCUCCCGCGCUCUUCAUCCCAGUCCCAGAAAACGAGGAACAGCGCCUGGAAUUUUCCAAAGCCGUGCCUGAGAACAUCCAUCCGUUCAUCGUCUAUGAAGAAGUCACCAAUGUCUGGAUCAACGUCCAUGACAUCUUCUACCCUUUCGCCCAGCUGGAGGAGAAGGAGGAAGAGCUGACAUUUAUCCGAGCGAAUGAAUGCAAGACGGGUUUCUGCCACCUGUACAGAGUCACAGCCGUCCUGCAGCGCAAGACGUACGACUGGACUCGGCCGUACGUGCCUAGCAAAGGUGACUUCAAAUGCCCCCUCAAGGAAGAAGUGGCCCUCACCAGCGGAGAAUGGGAGGUUCUGGCCCGGCAUGGAUACAAGAUUUGGGUGAAUGAAGAAACAAAGCUGGUGUACUUCCAGGGCACGAAGGAUACCCCUUUGGAACAUCACCUCUACGUGGUCAGCUACGAAUCUCCUGGUGAGGUCGUGCGGCUCACCACCCUGGGCUUCUCCCACAGCUGCUCGAUGAGCCAGAACUUUGAUAUGUUCAUCAGUCACUACAGUAGCGUCAGGACCCCUCCUUGUGUGCACGUUUACAAGCUCAGCGGCUCGGAUGACGAUCCUCUCCACAAGCAGCCAAAGUUUUGGGCCAGCAUGAUGGAGGCAGCCAGCUGUCCUGCUGAUUACAUCCCCCCUGAGAUCUUUCAUUUCCGCACCCAGUCGGAUGUCGAGCUGUACGGGAUGGUGUACAAACCACAUGACCUCCAGCCUGGGAAAAAGCAUCCCACAGUGCUCUUCGUCUAUGGGGGGCCUCAGGUCCAGUUAGUGAAUAAUUCCUUCAAAGGGAUCAAGUACCUGCGGCUGAACACACUGGCGUCCCUCGGCUAUGCCGUGGUGGUGAUAGACGGGCGAGGCUCAUGCCAAAGAGGCCUUAAGUUCGAGGGAGCGCUUAAGAAUCAAAUGGGCCAGGUGGAGAUCGAGGACCAGGUCGAAGGUUUACAUUACGUCGCGGAGAAAUACGGGUUCGUCGACCUCAGCCGCGUUGCCAUCCAUGGCUGGUCGUAUGGCGGCUUCCUCUCCCUGGUGGGGCUUAUUUACAAGCCCCACGUUUUCAAGGUUGCCAUAGCAGGGGCCCCUGUCACCGUCUGGAUGGCUUACGAUACUGGAUACACAGAACGGUACAUGGAUGUCCCGGAGAACAACCAGCAAGGCUAUGAAGCGGGCUCAGUGGCCCUGCAUGUCGAGAAACUCCCCAACGAGCCCAACCGCUUGCUGAUUCUCCAUGGGUUUCUGGAUGAAAACGUGCACUUUUUCCAUACCAGUUUCUUGAUCUCCCAACUAAUCCGGGCUGGGAAACCAUAUCAGCUACAGAUCUAUCCAAACGAGCGACACAGUAUUCGUUGCCCUGAGUCCGGGGAGCACUACGAAAUCACGCUGCUGCACUUUCUUCAAGAAUACCUCUGAGAGGGCGGACGGGCCCCCCUUCCCGCCCCCACCGCGGACGCCAACGUGGUUCCCGCCUCUGCGCCCGCCAGCUGCUGCUUUCGGCCACGGGGCAGCCUUCGGAGGAAGAGCACCGCAGAGCACAAAACGCCUCGGGGGCAGGCCUCUCCUUGCGCCGGGCCCCAGGGAGCCCCCCCUGCUUUCCAGACGGUGGCGCAGCUCAAACCUUGUUUUUCCGGCCUCUCUUAGGGCUUUUCUGAUUCUCCGCCCUGCCCUGCCCUGCCCUGCCCCGAGUAUUUGCUGCUACUUUCUUUGUGCUGGAAAUAAAAGAUGGGCAGUUCCCCCACCCCACCCCUCGACCCUUGACUGUCUGCCUGUCUGUCUCCCUCCUUGCUAGAGUUCUGUGUGUGUCUCCCCCCCCCCACUUCCACCUCGUUGCUGGCUUGGCUCCCCCCUCUGAGGCGAGAGACCUUUUUCCUGCGUUUAGGUGGGCUCAGCUGGCAAGCGAAGAGGAAGGAGAGGAAAUGGAGGGGGGGGUUGGAAAUUGACUGGAACAGGAACUUGGGAAUUGUAAGGUGGCUCUAUUUAUAAGCAUGUGGUGCUGCUGUCUUGGAUCUCCCCCAACCGGCCCCACUCCUUUGUUUCCCCCCCCCCCCUCCAGCAUGUUUGAAAGGAGCGAGCCGCCCCUGCGUCCCUAUCCAGAAGCCGGGCAUAAGGGUGGCUGGGAUUUUUUUUUUUAAUUUUGGCUUUUGUUUGGUGCUGCAAGAUUAUUUAUGGAAGCCUUCCCCCUCUUGCUCGGUGUGUGCCGAUCCCCCUCCGUCCCGUCUCCACGCGUCCUGCCAUUGAGGGAGGGGCCCUGGCAAGGUAGGCAUGGCUUCAGUUCUCUGCCGGUCAGCGACUGUCUUUCGUCGUCUCUCCCCCCACCCCACCCCGCCCCGGCUUUCCUGCCGAUGUUGCUUGUUUGUCCUCCUCUUUGCGGCAGCAUUUUGCCCCCCUCCUCCCCGCGGCAUCCACUCAGCAUGAACAGCAGUUUGGGAAGGGAUCCGUGGGGCCGGGGCUCGCCUCUCGUUGCACCUCUGGAGCACUCUGCCCGCUUGCGCCCGCCCUCCCCGCCUGCCCCUCUCCGGCUUUCCUCUGGGUGGGGUGAAACUGAAAGCGAGAAGAAACACCAUCCUGCCCCCGCCACAAGAAGAAAAGAGAACCUGAACCACAGAAGAAAACUUCCCCGAGUAUCUUUAAGUGCGUAUUAUGAAAAGAAAAUAUUUUUAUGGAUUCUUAUUCUUUUAUAAUUAUGAGUGGUAAGAUGUAGUGACUCAUUAAAAUAUUGGAACGAGGCAUACUG